CAACAAGUGUUCCAGUCGGAGAGCUUUAAGGACUGGACGUAUUUACGGAACACGGCUAAUGCUAAGUAGCUAAUCCAUCGUUUGAUCUGUGGUCAAACGGUAAAUAUGAUCGCAUUUAGCGUCGAUUUUAUAGUUUUUUAACGCAUGACAUGGAAAAGGAAGAUCUUGAAGCGUUCCUAGAGCGCUGGAAGAGGGAGCUGCUAUACCGGCCGGCGGAGCGGCCUGGUGCUGUAAACGGAGUUGACGGGAACACGAAUGAUGGCGUUAGGGAGCCGGGAGCUGAUGGACGUAGCUGCCUAUUGCCGGGGGAGACGCGGUCGGACUGCGCGUCCGCGGCGGCAGACCCCCAGGAGGGAUGGGUUAAUCCGCCGAGGUAUGAGACCCAGGAAUCAACGAGCCGGAGGAAGAGUCAGAGGAGCAGCUCUGCGGAGGAGCCUCCAUGCAAGCUGCCCAGGAACGAUGCUUUAGUGCAGCAGCUGAUCCAGGACCUGAAUGAAAUGAAUGACAUUCCAUUCUUUGAUGUGGAUCUGCCUUAUGAACUGGCGCUUAAGAUAUUCCAGUAUCUCAACAGGACCGACCUGGGACGGUGUGCUCAGGUAAGCAAAACGUGGAUGGUCCUAGCUGAAGAUGAGGUCCUUUGGUACAGGUUGUGUUUGAAAGCAGGGUAUCACAGUGGGGCUGGUGUUAAUGACUCCCCCUGCUGGAAGAGCACUUUACGCGACUGCAAGAAGACUGAAGACACUCUGCGCUACAACUGGAAGAAUCGCAUCGGCACCAUCAGUAACCUUCAGUAUGAGCUUGGCAGGGUCCUGUGUGACGUGAGUUCCUGUGAUGACCUGGUCAUUGCUGGGUACACCUCCGGGGACAUCAGGCUAUGGGACACCCUCCACUGGGACUCCCGCACCUCAUACCUGCGGCCCAGUCAUGUGAUCGCCGGGGACGGCCCAUUAUCGCACGUCAGCCAGGUGAAAGUCAACGAGGUCGUAGCGGUGGCUGCUUACAAAGAUGGCCUCGUGAACGUGUGGAGCACAGAGACUGGUCAGGAACCCAUCCAUCUUUAUCAGCACUUCCAGAAGGUUCAGAACGUGGCCUUGGGUUCGGAGGGCGCCGCUGUUGCGACCGCCUCCGGCCCACAGGUCCGUGUGGAUGGUCCGCUGGAUGGAGGCUACUGGACGACGCUGUGUCAGGCCGAGCUUCCCAAACCUGUAGAGUCUCUUCUGCUUGUCCCCAAGCGGCAGGAGGCCCCCCUGGCCGUGGCAGCUGCCGGGGAGAGCGUGUACCUGCUAGGGCCGGAGCGGGAGCCCAGCCUGCUCCACUCGGUCUACGGGCACCCCAUCACCUGCUUGGACGUGACCCCAUCACACGUGGCUCUGGGCGUGAAGAGGCACGGCUGGGCCGUGAGCGACGGGGGCAACAAGAUCCAGGUGUACAGCUUACUGACGGGCCAAUCAGAAGUGACGGUGGGGAACGCCGUGGGUGACUUUACCUGCAUCAACCUGAGGGACGCCCCUAACCACCUACUAGUGUGUGGGAACAAGGACCAGAGGGUCCACAUCUUCGACCUGCGAUGCGGCUCCUCUGUGGCAUCGCUGUACGCUCACCAGCUGGGUGUGACCGCCGUCCAGGCAGACGACUGGAAGAUUGUGAGCGGUGGUGGAGAAGGCCUGGUCUGCGUCUGGGAGAUGAGGAUGAGAACAAAAUUGUGGGAGAUGCACAACAGGCAUCCCGUGAGGCAUAUCAGGUUUGGCACCAGCCGGCUGGUGACGGCCAACAUUCCUGAGGAGAAGACUCCCCGAGGGGCCUGCAUCACUGACGACGACCUGACUGCCCACCGCAGGCACAGGGGUGUGGUCUACCUUUACGACUUCUCAGAGGACACCGCCGUGCCGGACCAUGUGCUGCCCAUCUGUCGCUCUGACUACACAGAGAAAGCCGGUUACAACUACAACAUCGGUCUGGCUGUGCCGUACGACGCCAUCGCAGGCCCUCGCGCUGCCCUGUAACGUCACCACGGUGACAAACGGAGGCUGGGUGCCGUGUUGGGACAGUAUAUCCUAAUAUUCAUUAUGCUGUAUUUAUAAUAAGUUAUCUUUUUAUACAUAUGAUGCUUUUAACAGUGAUCAUUUUCAACAUUAUAUAUAUAUAUAUAUAUAUAUAUA